AUGGCAGAUACCAAGAAACCUGCAGACUCGUCGUCGAAACCACCAGCACAAGAAACUUCUCAACCUGCUACCGUAGGACUACCGAAAGCUGUUGCCAAUGGUUCUAAUAAAUUGAAUAAAUUGAAAGCGAUACAAGCUGAACUCGAUAAAUUGCUAAUAGAGAAGAAAAAGGCAGACUUCAGUUUGGCAGAAAUUGAGUUCUCGAUAUACAAUUUCGAAGGAUCAUAUCUAAAAGAGACUCACAACGGCAAGGGAAACUUACUACGUGGGUUCUUUGGCAAAGUACCGAAAAGUGCGCUGGAUAAACACAACCCGAAGAAAUUCGAGGUCAGAGAAGAGGACCGAAUCUUCUCAAGAUCUUCUGUGACUUAUGAACAGUCUGUCGCGAUGAAGGAAGCCCAAAAACCGAAUUCUAAUAAUAGUUCCGAUGCCCAUGGUAACAAGUCAAGAUCCAACCUUCGUAAAAAAAGAAAACAUCCUGGAAAUGCGUGGAGUGUCAAAAGGAAAAAUCGACCCAGAGAGGAAAAUCUUCCAACUAGUAGUGUGGGUGAUAGUGUCGGUGGAGUAGACGAGUCAACAACUACAACCAACAACGGCCGUGUAACAUCCAAAAAAUCUCUAAAAUCAAUUCGAACAAUAUAUUCUACGGACUCGAUUAAUAACGGCAAAAAGGAUAAAAAGGUCACCGCAAAACGUAGGUCAAAUUAUUCAUACGUUUCUACAUAUUCCAAUGCCUCUACCCACGUCACCAAAGAAUCAUUAUCGUCUGAUUUCACGGAAGGUGGCGUCGUUGAGGAGCCUCAGGACAUUGUGGGGAUUGAACAUGAUGAACCGGUGUCUUCGAUAUUGGUUGUCGAUUAUAACAGUGGAAAAGGAGGAGGGAAUGAGGCGCCCGAAAAGUCAAAGGAACAGACCAAGGCAAUUGAUCUUGUGGAACGAACAAAAAAAGUGGAGAUUGACAAAGAAGCUUCUCAUAAACUGAUGAUAUCACAAACACAUCAUCAUCAGUCACGACGAAGAAAUACACUUGUAGCUUCAUUGACAGCAGCCAGCGCAUCCUCUGCAUCAUCACCGUUAGACGCGAUGCGCCCUAAUUUGAGCAUAAUCACUGGGUCAACGUUUCCGCGAAAAAAUAUGCAUCACUUGGCACCUCAUCUUCAUCCGUUCUCUCAAUUCCCAGUCAGUCCGUUGGAUUUCACGUUCUCACGAAAAAGACACGAGAGCAUAAGCACUAGUGGACAGGAUCCACCUUCUCCUUUUACUGGCUCCAAGAAAUUAGCACAGGCAGCUAUUGUUGAGGGAUUAGAAAUGAACGAAUUGAUACAUGCAUUUUUGUUGGAGAUGUUAAUAAAAAAACAAGUGACUGAUCGUACAACGGUUUAUAAUUUACCACGACCCUUCAUUGUAAUAGCAUUGCUUCCUCUAUCCAAUACACGAUAUAAAUUACCAAGUCAAUUGCUUGAUAGGUUCUUUAUUAGUUACACCUAUGAAGGGAUAAUAGGAAAUAGUGGAAGUGGAAAAGCGGUUUCGUCAUCGAAUCGCAAAAACAACAUUGUUCGAUAUAAUGAAAUUGAGGAUUUCUCCAAAAAGAUGGAGAAAGUAUUCAUUCAUAAUGAUAUGCAAAGAUACAUUCGCGAUGUUGUUAUCGGGAUGCGGACACAUCGUAUAGUAAAAGGUGGUAUAACGGCUCGCACCGCAUCCGAUCUCGUGACUCUAGUAAAGGCUUUAGCCGUUGUAUUUCAAAAGAAUUUUGUCACCCCCGAAUUAGUAUUAAUAGCCAGCGAAAAGGUGUUUUCGCAUCGAUUGAUAAUACGGGAGCUUGGUGACGAUAAAAGUACGAUGUAUGGAACUAGCUUGCAUACCCUGUUAAAGUUACGAAGUCAGGUCACUUCUGGUGGUGCCACUCAGACUUUGGGAGACGUGGUGGCUGAUGUAUUACAAGCGGUUAGACCGCCAAUUUAA